AUGAUAGGAGACUUUAAAUUAAUAACCAAAGUGUUUGUAUUUUACAUGGCCUUGGGCUUUGCGAGCUGCAAAGAGCCACAUACCAAUAUCACGUCAGGUGGGGAAGCUGUGGUUGCGCAGCAUAACAGGAAUUUGAAAAAUGUGCCACCUCGAACUCCAACAAUUAUGGGUUUGUCGUUGGUUGAAAUUUUGGACAACGGUGUUCCAGUUGCUUUCCCUAAUCGUACGGUGGAGUUGAAAGCAAAGGUACUGCCCGCGCGUGAGACAGGAAAGCCCACCGGGGCUUUAGUGAGCAUUGGAGAACAGACGUCGGUUCAUCCAAGUACCGCUAGUACGACACCAAGUCCUUUGACAAAUACAGAGAAUGCGCCGAACCCACUGCCCAGUCCUCCGCCCAUUCCACCGCCCAGUCCAACUUUCCAUCAAGAAGUUCCACAGGGAGCACAAGAGGCCGCGGCAAUGAAACUUCACAUCGAUAUCAGCAAAAGUGGGCGAAAAGAUGAAGACCAGGAGUCUGAGAGUGACAAUUCAGACUCCGAAGAUGAAAUCCGUGCAUUUGAUGAGAUCAGACGACUUGAGAGAGCAAUAAUCAACUUAAAGAAAGAUAUGGAUACCCAGCAGCAUAAUUUUAGAAAGCAAGUGGAUAAACUACAGAGGAAACAAAAGAGCCAAGUGCGAAUGAAGAUUGUGCCAGAGGUAGCUCCAGCUCAAAUACCAGAAAAAGUGUCUAUUCUUCCAGUUGAGCCAACCUCGAGCGUUGCUGCCGAAAGCCCCGAAGAAAAAGUUAAAGGCAAGGAUGUGCUCAAUCGGAAGAAUCCUCCGCAUUCUGUUUAUAUUCUGCCCCAAUUUCAAAACCAUCCGAGAACUCAGGUGAAAGGAGAAGUACACUAUAACAAGCCGAAGAUUCCGUGGGAUGCAGUAGGACCUACAAACUCUGCAAAUCAAGCUCCACAACUUACUACCGACUACUACUUGGCGGAAGAUGCAAAAACGAAUCCCGUGAAAGAUGACGCUCCUUCGUACAGUGUGGACGCUGGCACGCCUUUACAAACAAAUUUAGCAACGGAGUUUGAAGAUGUCAUCUCGGAGGAAGAAGUCAAUGACAGCGAUCAGUCAGAGGGAAGUGGUCGAGACGAAGAGGAAGCAACUUAUUAUGCAUCUGGAGAUGAUAGUGGCGAUGAAGGAGGAGACGAGCUGCAGUCGCCUUCAAAUAGCUUGAAACCUCUAGACCCUCUAGACCCGACCAAUAACCUUAUUGCUGCUCCGUCUUUCGACGUUACUCCCGUGCACAACAUUGCAGACAAGCCUAGAUAUUCCCAAGACCCAGCAUAUCCGAGUCGUCGCGUGUACAACUACCCCGACCUGAUCAAACACGUACCCAAAGAGCUAGCUCAGAACCCAGACCUUUCAAAGCCUUGGGACAACGGAGAGAGCGAUCCCUCUCAUGACAAGUUUGGUGAGGCAAUCGAAGCUAAAUAUGAGCGGAAGAAGAAAUUCUCCAACUUCGAUCCCAUGCACCCGCAGCGUCCAGACAUCGACUUCAAUGUUUUUGAGCUCAAUCCCGAGCUCUUCUACAACGCGGGGAUUGGACUCAAGAGUCGACUCAGUGUUAUGACUUGGAUUUGUAUAGAAGCAUUAUUCGUCGUGUAUUUUUUCAAUUGA